CCUCCCAUCUCGCUCCGCCGCAGCCAGCCAUGGCGCCGGUGGAUCCCCACUCCUACACCGACGGCGCGCACCCGGUGACCGCCCACGCCGCGCUCGCCUUCUACCUCGACUUCUCCGCCUCCGCCAUCCACGCCUCCGCGCUCCUCACCCUCUCCGCGCCGCACUCCGGGGACCUCCUCCUCGACACGCGCGCCCUCGCCGUCCACUCCGCCGCCACCGCCACCGCCCCCGCCGACCCCAUCCCCUUCGCCCUCGCCGCCGACGCCGACCCCGUCCUCGGCUCGGCCCUCACCCUCACCCUGCCCCCGGACACCACCUCCUUCCUCCUCACCUUCUCCACCUCCCCCGCCGCCUCCGCGCUGCAGUGGCUCUCCCCGCCGCAGACCGCCUCGGGCCUCCCCUUCGUCUUCUCCCAGUGCCAGUCCAUCCACGCCCGCUCCGUCUUCCCCUGCCACGACACCCCCGCCGCGCGCAUCACCUACUCGCUCCUCCUCAACCUCCCCGCGCGCCUCUCCGCCGUCGCCGCCGCGCGCCACGUCGCGCGCCGCGACCCCGUCCCCUCCGACCACCGCGGGGCCGUCCCCUCCGACCUCUGGUGCGCGCCGGGACGCAUCGUCGAGGAGUUCCACAUGGCGCAGUGCGUGCCGCCAUACCUCUUCGCCUUCGCCGCCGGCGCCAUCGGGUCCAGGGACCUCGGGCCCAGGACCAGGGUCUACGCCGAGGGCGGGGACACGCUCCUCGACGACGCCGCCAGGGAGUUCGCCGGCGUCGAGGACAUGGUCAAGGUCGGGGAAUCGCUCUUUGGGCCAUACGACUGGGAGAGGUUCGAUCUGCUCGUGCUGCCGCCCAGUUUCCCCUACGGAGGCAUGGAGAACCCCAGGAUGGUCUUCCUCACGCCCACAGUCAUCAAGGGGGACGCUGCAGGGGCGCAGGUGGUUGCCCAUGAGCUUGCGCACAGCUGGACUGGCAAUCUCAUCACCAACAAAACCAAUGAAGACUUCUGGCUCAAUGAGGGGUUCACAACAUAUGCUGAGAGGAGGAUUGUUGAGGUGGUGCAAGGCGAGGAGCGGGCAGCCUUAAACAUGGGAAUUGGAUGGAGGGGCUUGAACAGAAUGAUGGAGAGGUUCAAGGAUAACAUGGAGUUCACCAAGCUGAAGCCGAAGAUGGCAGGUAUCGAUCCUGAUGAUGUGUACUCGGAAGUGCCCUACGAGAAAGGCUUCCAGUUCCUAUGGCGCAUCGAGCGCCAGAUUGGCCGACCUGCAUUUGAUGAAUUCCUGAAGAAAUACAUUGCCACCUUCAAGUUCCAAUCGAUAGAUACAGAGACAUUUCUUGAAUUCCUGAAGGCCAAUGUUCCUGGGAUAGAGAACCAAGUUGACCUUGACGUGUGGAUUGAGGGUACUGGUAUCCCUCCGGAUGCCAUGGAGCCGGAUUCUGCUACCUAUAGAAAGAUCUGCACCUUAGCUGCAGAGUUUAAGUCUGGAAAAAUUCCAAGUGAAGAUGAGGUGGCAGACUGGAGUGGGCAGGAAUGGGAGCUCUACUUGGAGAAUUUAUCCAAAGAUGUUGAAUCCUCGCAGGUUAUUGCUCUUGAUGAACGGUACAAGCUGUCAGAAAGCCGUGACUACGAGGUCAAAGUCGCGUUUCUCCAGCUAGCGAUCCCCACGGGCUGCAGGUGUUACUUCAACGAGGUGGAGAAGUGCCUGAAGCAAGUGGGAAGGAUGAAGUACCUGCGCCCGCUCUACAGCUCGCUGGCAAAGUGUUCUGAGGAGGAGAAGAUGCUUGCGAAGAGGAUCUUCUCAGAGGCCCACGAGUUCUACCACCCAAUAGCUCGCAGCGUUGUGGAGAGCAUCCUUUCGAAGCAUGGGUAGUUGAAUGCGGUUGACUGAGCCUCUAAUGUAGUGAGAAAGCCUGUGAUGUUUCAUCAAUGUUUGAUCGCUUAUUUCUUCUGCAUAAAAUUAUCUCCCCUGCUGGAGCUAACCAUGGGGGAAAACUCUGAACUGUCCUGGGUAAUGUAUCAUGAGGGAUUGCAUGCCCGUAAUUUGUGUC